GAAAGGUGGGCAUGUCAGCUGAACACUGUUGGUUUCAUAUACAGUAUUCGGAGUCAGGGGCGGACUGACAACUCAUGGGGCCCCCGGGCAAUAGGGGAUCAUGGGGCCCCUGUGUCCUUGCCCAAACUCAAAAAAGCCUAUUAAAAAGGUACCAGGGCCAUCUCAUGGGGCCCCCUACUGACCCCGGGCCCUCAGGCAGAGCCCGAGUUUCCAAAUGGUCAGUCCACCCCUGUUCGGAGUAU